AAUCUGUCGACAAAUCAGACGAUUGGGAAAUCCCUCUCUAACCUCGACCUCAACCGACCACACCACCACCCCGACGUCGCGACCCCAGAAGACCGCCGUCAUGUUCUUGCAACGCACCGCUGUGGCUGUCGCUCGCCGCGCUGCCGUCUCGCCCGCCGCCCGCCGUACCUUCAUCGCCUCCGCCAUCCGCCGGGAUGCCAAGGACGUCGAGCCUCGUGCGCCCAUCAGCCAGAAGCUGAAGUCUUUCAACGAGAUCAAGUCCGAAGAUGACCUUCGCGGACCCGAGGUUCCUAGCGACCUCGACCAAGCCACUGGUCUCGAGCGUCUCGAGAUUCUCGGAAAGAUGGAGGGUGUCGACAUCUUCGAUAUGCGACCCCUCGAUGCCUCGCGCAAGGGCACUGUCGAGAACCCCAUUACCAUUCGGUCUGCUGGUGACGAGCAGUACGCCGGCUGCACUGGCUACCCCGCCGACUCCCACGUUGUCACCUGGCUCGGCAUGAACCGCGAGCGCCCGAUGGAGCGGUGCCCCGAGUGCGGUAGCGUCUACAAGAUGGAGUACGUUGGUCCUCAGGACGACCACCACGGCCAUCACGACCACCACGGCUACGAGGAGCCCAAGACCUUCGCCGACUUCGUCAAGCCUGAAUAUCGCUAGAUGCUGCAUUUGACGUCAUACGGCCGCACCGCCCUUCGUUUUCGAAAGCCAAGCCAAGAUGGUGGGAUGGGAGUUGAGGACACAUUAGAGACUAUUGUACAUUGUUAACGGCAGUGUAAAAUCCGUUCGAGUUCUAGUGCAUUGCUGCACGAUGGCAUGUCUGUCGGUACUCUGCUUACCUUUGGCGGAUGAUCCA